AUGAGGGACUACGUCGGACGAAUACCACUCAUUAUAGCUCAAUUGGACGCGGAAGUACGAAUCGUCACAUCACGGUUGGAAGUGUGUUCAUAUAGUGGGUUCAAGGUGUAUCCUGGGCACGGAAAAAGAGCGAUCCGGCUAGAUGGACGCGGUUUCUACUUCAUUAACUCAAAGUGUGAGCGAUCACAUUACUUGAAGCGAAACCCCCGCGAGAUUUGUUGGACAGUUUUGUAUCGCCGCAAAAACAAGAAAGGUCUCAGCGAAGAACAGAGUAAGAAGCGUACCAAGCGCUCCACGAAGACUACGCGUGCAAUUGCUGGUGCAAGCCUCGCGGAAAUCAUGGCUAAGCGUAAUCAGAAACCAGAGGUCCGAAAAGCUAUGCGUGACCAGGCCAUCAGAGCCGCUAAAGACAAACAACGACAAAAAGAGCUGGAAAAGAAAGCCAAGAAGAUGGAGGCCAAGAAGAAGCCUGCCGCGGCACAACCAAAACAGAAGCCGACCAAAAUAACCCAGAAAGCGGCACCUCGUGUGGGUGGCAAGCGGUGA